AUGACGCGGUACCCAGAGCUCAGGCAGUGCCGCCUGACCAGUGAUAUAUUUGACUUUUAUCUAGACAACGGUUACAUAGAAGAGAAGGAGCUUGACGAUUUUUUUCAUCAUCUCCUGGAGAAACUGGAACCAGAGAACACCAUCACAGAAGAAAAAGUUCAGAGGAUGAAAAAGCAAUUCAUGGCUGCCUAUGAUGUCACCACAGAUGGACGCUUGCAAAUGCAAGAGCUUGCAAGUAUGAUUUUGCCGGACGAUGAGAAUUUUCUGCUGCUUUUCCGACGGGAAACUCCCUUGGACAACAGUGUGGAAUUCAUGAGGAUCUGGCGCAGUUACGAUGCUGAUAGUAGUGGCUUUAUUUCAGCUGGCGAGCUCAAAGAUUUCUUGCGAGAUCUCUUUUUGCAGCAUAACAAGACAGUUGCUGAAGAAAAGCUGGAAGAAUAUACUGAUACCAUGAUGAAAAUCUUUGACAAAAACAAAGAUGGGCGGCUGGACCUCAAUGACCUGGCAAGGUAG